AUGACUAAAUGGGAUUCGGUGGAGGCCUUGGUGGCAUCAGUCGUCCGCUACGCGAUCCUAUCGCAUCGGUGGGGAUCCGAGGAGCCCACUUAUGACGACCUCAUUAACAGACACAACGGUAACCUGCGGCGGUCCAGCGAGGGGGCUGGGCAUGCCAAGUUAAAGCGAUUUUGCCGAGAAGCAGGAAGCAGAGACUAUGUGUUUGCGUGGUCGGAUACCUGUUGCAUCAACAAAAGCAGCAGCGCAGAACUCGAUGAAUCUAUUCGCUCCAUGUUCAAAUGGUACCAAAACUCCGACAUCUGCAUCGUCCACCUUUCUCAGACAACAAGCAAGAACGACUUGUGUCACGACGAAUGGUUCUUCCGAGGCUGGACUUUACAGGAGCUACUCGCCCCGAGACGGAUCAAGUUCUUCAACUCCAGGUGGAAGGAGCUCACCUCGGACGAGAACGACAAGGACAUCACCUCGCCGUUGCUGCACUCCAUCUCGGAAGUCACGGGAAUCCCAUAUUUCAACAUUGCUGCUUUCUCUCCCCUUCCAUACGCCAUCGACACGAGGAUGACAUGGGCUUCCAAGCGGGUGACGACUCGCGCAGAGGAUGCUGCCUACUCACUGAUGGGUAUCUUUGGCGUGAGCUUCCAAAUCGCUUAUGGAGAAGGCGCAGACAGGGCGUUUUCCCGUUUAAUCGAGGCGAUUAUGCUUUCAGGUUGCGACUGGAGUGUGCUG